AUGUCAUUAGAUCCAUUAUUUCGACGAAUGUCCAUGAUGGUUGCUAUGUUUGCUUUUAUUGGUGUUGUACUUGGUGGUAUUGCAUUGUUAACUAAUUAUUGGACAAUGGAAAAUGUUUCAUCACCAGGUAUGCCUAUUCCAACAGCAAAUGGAACUGUUGUUAUUAAUGAAAAAUUUGAUUGGACAUGGAAUGGUUUAUUUUAUAUGUGUACAUCACGUGCAAAUGUUGCAUGUAUGAGACGUUUUUGGACAACAACAUUUGUAUUAUGUUUAUUAGGUUUAAUGUGUUUAUUAGUUGGUGGAAUUUUUUCAAUUUGGGAAAUGUUUAAAACAAGUGAUCGACGUUUUGCUAUCCCAAUGUUACAUUUUGUUGCUUGUGUUUUAAUGACAGCUGGUCUUUUUGAUUAUGGUUCAAUGGCACGACUUAAUUCUCAUUCAUCACGUUCAAUGAUUUCGGCUAUUGUUUUUGCUUAUGCUGCUUUACCUAUUUCAGCUUUUAUUGCAGGUCGUUAUUCAGCAUAUGAUCGUUAUGUAAAUAAUGGUCAUGUUCAUAAUGGACAAAAAUAUGUACCUGCUUCAACAAAUGGAAACUAA